AUAAAAGGAAUCUUAGAUGCAAAAGCAGCUAUGAAGUCCUGCCACCAGACAUGUCUGAGCUGAGGCUGGUUCUUCUGGGGAACAACUGGAGUCUGAAGGCCUCAGUGGGAAACCUGCUUUUGAGAACAACUGAGUUCACUGAACAUGAUAAAUGUGUAAAAGGCAAAGGAACGAUUCAGGACAAAGAACUGACUGUGAUCUGCUCUUCAGACCAACAAUUCAAUGACACCUCCAAACAAGACCUCCAACAGUUUAUACAAGACAUUAAAGAUCUGAGUUCCUCUGGUCCUCACGUGUUCCUACUGGUUCUACAGCCUGAAGACUUCACUGAGGAACAGAAACACAGAUUAGAGUCAGUCCUGGAGAGCUUCAGUGAGCAGGCCUUCCACCAUUCACUGGUGCUGAUGUUCAGGCCACGAGCAGAGACACCGGGGUCUAUGGAGAAAUACAUGAGACAGACACAUAUAAGAGACAUGAUCUCCAGAUGUAGAUACAGAUAUCUGUGGAUGGAUCACACUGAUCUACAUCCAAAUGAUCUGAAAGAAUUUAAACAUAAAGUUCUGUUUUCAAGAAUCUGUGACAUGUUGAAAGAGAACAUUGAAACACAACUGGAGCAGCUCAAAGAAACAACUUUGUGGUUAAAAAUCUGCUUGUUUGCCAUUUUGUUUUUGCUUGUGUCCAUUUACAUUGAGACUGUUAUUAUGAGACAUCAAUAA